GCACACCCCAGAGCCGGCGAUUCGUGAUCUGCACCGAUGGGCCCUCGGAUGUCCGGCAGUUCUUGGAGCCCGAGACCCGACGAAAAGGUUUCGGCUUCCGUGGCUGUUGGCACUCCUACGUCAACGUCCGCCGGCAGUUCGCCAACGCCUUUGGCUGCGGCAAGGAAUGCAGCCUGCAGGACU